UCAUCCAUCACAUCAUAACUUAACUACUAAUAAUACAAACAAAAGAAACAGCUAAAUUCAAAGGUGCGAACUCUUUGGUCUCUGUUUUUUUUAAAACCCAACCAUUUUACUUGUUGAUAUUUUUAUAUAUUUUUUCACUUCUCGGAAACGGACAAACCGCUUUAUUGGCGAUGUGGUCUGCUUGCUUCAUCUCUCUCUCUCCAUUGCCUCUGUGUUCGUGUCCGUAAAACAGAUCUCAAAAAACCUCUCUCUUUCUCUCUCUCAAGAUUCCCACUCUUUUCUCUCUCUAUACACUUUGAAAACAGCGUCUUUUCCUGCCAAAAAACCAUCGCUUUCUCCAGAGAAACCUCACUCCUGCCUCAUGUGAAUGUUUGGUUAAGAAAGAGAGAAAAAGAGGAGAGACAUCUGUGACUGCUUUUCACAAACGGUGUCGUUCUCAUUUCUCCUUUUAUUCCUCCACUUGUAUGUAUAAAUCUUUGAAACGGACCAUUCAGUUUUGUUUGUUUGUUGGUCUCUCAAUAGUAAAAGUUUGAAUAUUUUCUUAAAAGAAACAGAGCUUUUUGCGUUUGUAGCAUUCUUGGUUUGUUUUUUUUUAUUACUCAUUUUCUUACCUUCAAGUACUAGAAGAAGCACAUAGCUCAAAAAAGUUUACGUUUUUGCACAAAUGGGUCCUUAAAUUUUGGGUAAUUUUGGGCAAGUUCAGUGAAUCUUGGGAGGGGCAAUUAGGGCUGUUACCAAAGUCAGUGAUAUCGUUUUCAAAUUUGGAAACUUUUGAUUUUCCGCAGAAGAAAAUGAGAUACAGCUCGAUUUGGUUCUUCUAUAGAGACUUAGACAAGAAGAUUCUCUCGAAGAAAACAGAACACUUGUGACCAUAUUCAUGAGUAGGGCUGCUUCUUCUCGGAUUCUGAAAGAUUCAAAUGGAGACUUGGGUGAGCAUCUUCGUAACCAUAUUCACUUAACCAACUGUAUUCAUUUGAAGAACCAUAUGCACAACAACAACAACAACAAACAGAGUCCGGUUUUGUCUGACCGGUCUCUUCUUAUGAGAGAUCUUGUCGUUCUCCAGAGAUCAAGAUCACUUAGAGACCCAUCAGCGAGCCCGAAUUUGAAAGAAGAUCAUAAGGAUUCACGUGAAGGAAGGAGAAGAUCUGCUGAUCAGAAUGUGGUUAAGAAGUCUGGUCUUCGGUUGUCUGGUUCGUCUCCAAUUGUGAAUUUUGGGACUUCUAAGGUGACUCCUUCUGAUGAAAAGUUUGAUAGGUCGAGUAGGAAGAGUAAUAGGUUCGAAGAUGUGAACGAGGUUUGUAGUGUUGAUUCUGUGAAAUCGAAAGAUAGUGUCAGUAAGGUCAAUGAGGAUAUUGUCAAGACUCUGUCUGAUCAGUUAAACGAGGAUAGUGAUGAUUUGGUUUCUUUUAAUAUUAUACCGCGCGGUAAUGGGCAUAGAAGACGUAAGUUUAGAGGGACGAGGAGAGCGGGACGAGGGGUUAAUGUUAGAGACAAUGUUGGUAACGAGAGUGAGAUGUCUAUUGCUUCUAACUCAGUGCCUCGUGGUGAGAAGUAUAAAGGAGAAGGAGGAGGAAGGGAUAGAGAACAGAACAUGAGUGGAGCUGUUCCAAGAAACGGUUGUGUUCCGUUUAACUGGUCGAGCAUUCAUCAUAGAGGUAAAAGUUUCCUAGAUAUAGCUGGUCGGAGUUUAUCUUGUGGAAUGUCUGAAUCAAAAGGAAAGAAAGGUGAAAACGAUAUGCUAAUGUUGUCUGAUUCAAGCUUCUCUAAUCACGAGACGUUACCUCUUUUAGUCGAUAGCGCAGAUAAUGAAGAAUGGGUGCAUGAUUACUCAGGAGAAUUAGGUAUCUGUGCUGACAACUUGCUCAAGAAUGAUCAAAAAGAUUCAGAGUUUUGUAAGAAGAGCAGCCGCAAAAAUACUCGGUGGCAUCAAAGCUUUACGCAGAAGCACGCUCCAAGAACAUUCCAUGAUCUAUUGGGACAAAAUCUAGUGGUACAAGCACUAUCCAAUGCUGUUGCUAAACGAAGAGUUGGACUUCUUUAUGUCUUCCACGGUCCAAACGGAACCGGUAAAACAUCUUGUGCUAGGAUUUUUGCUAGAGCAUUGAACUGCCAUUCUACAGAACAUUCAAAGCCUUGCGGCGUAUGCAGUUCUUGUGUUUCUUACGAUGAUGGUAAGAACAAGUACAUUCAAGAAAUGGGUCCUGUUAAAAAAUUUGACUUUGAGAAUCUGGUUGAUAAGAUGAUCAUCCGUCGUCAGCAGCAAAGACAGCACCUUACAUUCAUAUUCGACGACUGCGACACCAUGUCAACAGAUUGUUGGAACGCGCUUUCGAAACUCGUGGAUCGAGCACCUCGUCGUGUGGUUUUCGUUCUUGUAUGUUCGAGUCUUGAUGUCUUGCCUCACAUUAUCGUUUCGAGGUGUCAGAAGUUCUUUUUCCCUAAGCUUAAAGACGUUGAUAUCAUCGAUUCCUUGCAACGGAUUGCGUUAAAGGAAGAGAUUGAUAUCGAUAAUGAUGCAUUGAAGCUUGUUGCUUCGAGAUCAGAUGGUUCCUUGAGAGAUGCGGAAAUGACUUUAGAACAGCUGAGUUUGCUUGGAACAAGAAUCUCUCUUCCUUUAGUUCAAGAAAUGGUUGGGUUAAUCUCUGAUGAUAAAUUGGUUGAUCUUCUUGAUCUAGCCUUAUCUGCAGAUACUGUCAACACCGUAAAGAACCUAAGAAUAAUAAUGGAAACAGGUCUAGAACCAUUAGCUAUGAUGUCACAGCUUGCAACCGUCAUAACUGACAUACUAGCCGGAAGCUACGAUUUCACUAAAGAUAAACGUAAAAGAAAGUUUUUCCGGCGACAUCCACUGUCUAAAGAAGAUAUGGAGAAGCUGAAACAAGCUUUGAAAACGUUAUCUGAAUCAGAAAAACAGUUACGAGUAUCGAAUGAUAAACUAACUUGGCUCACUGCUGCAUUGCUUCAGCUAGCUCCUGAUAAACAGUACUUGCUUCCUCAUAGUUCUUCCGCUGAUACUAGCUUUAACCAUACUCCACCAUUGACGGAUUCGGAUCCUUCAAACGGCGCUGUAGCCAGAACAAGAAGAGAUGGUAGUAGUAAGCAAGAUUUCAGUUGCAUAAAACGACCUUCGGUUGAAGAUAUUUGGUUAACCGUUAUCGAAAACGUUCGAGUUAAUGGUUUAAAAGAGUUUCUUUAUAAAGAAGGAAAGAUCUUUUCGAUUAGUAUCGGCUCAGCUCCUACGGUGCAGUUAAUAUUUAUGUCGCCAAUAGCGAAAUCAACGGCUGAGAAUUUCAAAGAUCACAUUUUGAGAGCGUUUGAGGCGGUUCUUGGAUCUCCAGUCACGUUAGAGUUCAGAACCGAGUCGAAGAAGGACCUGAAAAACGUCGGUUUAAGCAAUGGUGAGAGAUACCAUGAAAGUGGAAGAAGAAGCGAGAUCAUAGAAGUAGCUGAAUCUGAAUCUCCAAUGACUAGAGUUAGAAGGAAACACUUGGAAGCUAGUCAGAACCAGAAUCAGAACCAGAGCAUUGUGAAAGGAAAAGUUUCGUUGGCUCAAGUGAUCAAACAAGCUGAAGGAAACACUUGGUCUAAACACAAAGCCGUGUUGAUUGCAAAUAAGCUUGAACAAGAGAAUUUGAGACUUGAACCAAGAUCAAGAAGCUUGAUUUGUUGGAAAGUGUCAAGAAACACUCGUCGCAAGCUAUCGAGAUUGAAGAUGAGAACAAGAAGGAUACGAUUACAUUCGUUGUUGAAGCUUGUCUCUUGUGGGAAACGUCUAUCAACGAGAUCUCCUCCUAGAUAGGUUUUAAUUUAAAUUUUGUUACUUCUUCUUCUUUAGUUUUCUUUGAUCAUAAUGUAAUUUUUUGUAGCUGUAUAAUUUUCUUGAAUCUUUAUUCGGAUUUUGCA